AUGCGUGGUAAGCCAAAUCCCUGGGGAAUUAAGUUAUAUCUUAUGUGUGGUGAGAGUGGUCUGGUAUAUGAUUUUCUUCUUUACCAAGGAUCUACCACUAAACUAAAUUGUAAUAUACAAAAAGUAUUUGGUUUAGGUGGUGCUGUGGUUUUAAAACUUACCAUGCUAUUAAAAAAAAACCGUCAUUUUUUGUAUAUGGAUAACUUUUUCACUUCUUUCAAAAUAUUACAUGCACUACAACAAAAUUACAUAUAUUCUGCAGGCACAAUCAGAGUAAAUCGGUUUGCAAAUCCGCCUUUUAUCAGUGAUAAAGAACUAUCAAAAAUGGGUCGUGGAUCAUCAUAUGAAGUGAGUUCUAACAUGCAUAAUAGUAAUAUUGGAUUAAUCAAAUGGUAUGACAAUAAGGCAGUGGUAUUAGGGUCUAAUUUCAUAACCUCUGGGGUUCCUGAUGACAUAAAAAGGUAUGACAAAAAAGAAAAAACUUACAUUACUGUAAAUAGGCCAGAAAUUGUAAAAUGUUACAACCAGUCAAUGGGAGGAGUAGAUAAGCAUGAUCAACUUGUAAGUUUUUUCAGAACAUUCAUUAAAUCUAGAAAGUGGAUACUAAGAAUGAUCACACAUGCCUUUGACAUGGCCUGUGUAAAUAGUUGGUUGGAAUACAAAUUAUAUUGUAAACAUAUUGGCAUUUAUAAAACGAUGGACCUACUGCACUUCAAGGAACGCUUAGGUGAAACCCUAAUUUUAGUAGGUAAGACUUUGGUAAAGAAAAGAGGUAGGCCUAGCAAUAGUCCAUCACCAUUAUCAACUCCAGUUCGAAAACGAGUCAGGAAUAUUGAUCAAAGACCAUUUGAAGAGGUACGAUUUGAUCACAUUGACCAUUUACCAACAAAUGACAAUAGUAAUUAUCCUGUUCGCUGUAAAAAUGAGGGGUGCAAGCUACGAAGUCCAGUAAAAUGUACUAAAUGUGGUGUUCAUUUAUGUUUUACUAAAAGAAAUGAAUGCUUCAGAUUGUACCACAUCAAAUAA